AUGGCUGGUUAUAAAUAUCUCAUGAGCUGUUACACCCCCGGAGACCGAAUCUACUUCAUUGGCUUUAGUCGAGGCGCAUAUGUUGCGCGCCUGCUUGCUGAAAUGCUGGACCACGUUGGUUUAUUAGAGGCAGGAAACGAAGGGAAAGUCCGCUUCCUCUGGUCUGUCUUUUCUGACUGGGGACAAUGCAAUUAUAGCAGGAAAGCUAGCCAGAAAGAGAAAGAUGAUGUUUUCCAAUACAUGAAGGCAUUUCGAGAGACAUUCUGUCGCCCAGUACCGCAAAUCGACUUUCUGGGUUUAUUUGACACUGUCAACAGCAUACCGCACUUCGAGACGAAUCGCAACAGAUUCUUAUAUCCCUAUUCUACGAGAACCACUGCCAAAAUUAUCCGCCAUGCAGUUAGUAUCGACGAGCAUCGCGCUAAGUUUCGACAAGAUUUGUUAGCAAAUUCAAAUCCGGUUUCCGCUCGACCAGCUCGCGGCCUUCGGGCCCGACGUACACACUCCGCUCGUCGUCAAGACAGCUUUGUCGAGCAAGAUCAUACGUCUACAGACCGUAAGCCCAAUUUGAACGAUACUUCUCAGCAGAGCAUUUCCAUGCAAGAUAGGUUUUAUCGGCCCUUAUCUUGUUCCCAUCGGCAAUCAACUGCUGAAGAAGAGCCUUCGUGGCCAGAAUUAAUGGUCGAGGCCAGCUCCUGUGGAGACUACAGAGAUAAAGGCCAGAGCAUUGAAGAAGUAUGGUUUCCUGGAUGUCACGCAGAUAUCGGGGGUGGUUUGAGAUUCACCAAAAAAGAAGAUUGGGCACUAAGCCAUGUUCCAUUAGUAUGGAUGGUUACUGAAGCACAACGGGCGGGGCUCCAUUUCGAUCCCAAAAAGCUGAAACAAUUCUGGUGCUUGGAUGAGUCAAUUGAUGGUAACGUUCAACAAUAUGCCAGGAAUCGAGCUACCCGCGAUAAAAAAACAGAAAAUAGCGACAAGACAAAUGAAAGAUCUGAAUUUGAAUACGCGCUCUGGAAGGCAAGCACGGAUGGUGAGAUACAUGAUGCCCUGCGGUAUGAUCAUGGUGACAAAUGGUUUGUUGUUCUCUCCUGGAAGAUGGUUGAGUACCUUCCGCUUCGGAGAAUGCUUUUACAAAAGGACCAAUCCUGGAGACCAAUUCGAUGGCCUCUGCCUCUUGGGGAAACGCGCGAUAUUCCCGAAGAUGCCAAAAUUCAUGUUUCUGCUCUUCGGCGCUUAAGAGUCAAUUCGACAUAUCAGCCGAAGAAUUUGGUUCGCGGGGGAAGAGGAAGACAAAGAAAAGAGAAACAUUCCGAUGUAGACCAGAAGGCCGAGGAGUGGGAAGUGCACGCUCAUCGUGGCUGCCCAGUUCGCGAAUCAUAUCGUCGCGGCAAAUUGAAGACGAUAUUCGACGAUCUAUGA